AUGGUUGGGUUAGUCGUCAGUGACGGAAAGGCGGCUUUCACAAACGUCUUGUUUCAAUCCUCAUCGAAAUACGAUGUCUCACGGUAUCGCGACCUGGUGCCUGUGGUGCAGAAGCCAGGUGUCACCUAUCUCAACGCCUCCUUCCAACCUCCAAUGAACAAAGUGAUCCGUGAAGCAAUAGACAUUUUUGCGGACCAGGCGGUGUCAGAAGUGCAUCCAAAGCCUCAAUGGCAAGCAACAACGGAAGCAACGCGAGAGCUUCUAGGCAAAUACCUCAACGUGGCCUCGGACUCGCUCGCCUUCACAAGAGACACCACCGAGGGUCUCAAUCUCUUUCAACGCUCGGUCAAGUGGGUGCCCGGAGACAACGUUGUUCUUCUCGACGUCGAGCAUCCCAACCAUGCAUAUGGCUGGCUGGCAUUGCAGGAACAAGGCCUCGAAGUGCGGAUGGUUGACACGACAGGACAAGAGCUCUACGCCGACGCCUCAACUUUCGAGCCUCUGGUUGACGACCGAACACGCGCAAUUGGGUUGUCCUCAGUCAUGUUCCACUCCGGACAGCUGAAUGGUGUCAAAGAUAUCUGCGACCGUUUCCGUACCCGCAACAUUCAUGUUCUGGUGGACUUGACCCAGCACGUCGGCGUGAUGCCAAUUGAUCUCGUCGAUCUCGGUGUCUCUGCUGCUGCGUUUGGCUGCCACAAGGGCCUUGCUGCACCUACCGGUCUGGGAGUGCUCUACAUUGAGCCAGAGACACUGCCUUUAUUGCGGCCGACUCCACCCAUCGUCGGCGCGGGCGCCAUCUCGAAUCUCUCCAGCUCCUUGCUUGCAUCGCCCGAUGUUCAAUAUCACUCCACGACUCGCCGUUACGAGCAUCUCAACAUUUCGCUGAUAUCGGUCCAAGCCCUAAACGCAUAUCUGACAUUCCUCCUUUCAGACGUGGGCAUGGCGAACCUUGAACAUCAUCUGAGAGCCUUGGGCCGUACCCUGGCACUGGAGAUGGAGAAGCUCGGUGUCAAGGUUGUCGGCUCGCGGUCAGCGGAUCGACGAGCGCCACAUUUGUACAUUCUGGACCUGUUGGAUUCAAGAUGGCAAGCACACUUCAAGGAGGCAGGGAUCAUGGUAUCGCAUUAUAGACUUGGAGUCAGGGUUUCAUUUGGGUUUUACAAUACCACUGCAGAUGUCAUGUCGCUGGUGCGUGUGAUCGAAAAGGGGCUCGUUGCAGGCAUUCCAGCAUGCUAG